AUGUCAUUGCAAGGUUUGUCUAAAAAUCACCAGCACUGUCCAAAUCUCCCUGCUGUGCACUGAUGGUUGUUUGCACCCUAGGAGCCAAUACUUGGACAAAGAAAUUUUAUUGUCAAAGGACUAAGUAUCUGAAACAUCCACACCCUGUUGACCACAUCUUGGCAAGGGGACUCAGCAGGAAGAUGAAGACAAAGAGAUGCAGUAACCCACACCUGGCCUUCCCUGUUGUGAUCAUCCUCUCCCUGUGCCUGCAAACGAGUGCAAACCACACAGGUUUGCACCUCAGAGAAGAAACCUGGAGUCCCACCAGCCAAAACCUCAGUGGGAGCCAGGGCAGGGCAGAAGAAAGCACAGAUUCUCCUCUGAACCUCAAUUUCAGCAGCCAAAUGACUACUUUGGAUAUGCAAAGUACCCUGCCAUCCUCCUCCACAACAGCCCAAAAUUCAGCAUCUUCCCCUGCCAAAACACAAAGUACCCUGCCAUCCUUGUCCCCCACAAUGACUCAAAAUUCAACUUCCCCAAGUGCAGUUUCCACCACAGGAGAGCUGGGGAAAAGCAGCAAACCCAAGAGCCCAAUGACCAAAGAAACCUGUGAAGACAAUAAGUCUCUCAUACUGAUUUGCUUCAUUAUCAUUGCAGUCCUUGUGCUCAUCUGCAUCUCCCUGUUUCUGUCCACAGUCAUAGUAGCCAACAAAAUCUCCUUUCUCAGAAGGGCCCAGCAGGGCAAGCGCAGGCCCAGGAGCAAUGGGGACCUCCUGGCCACCACCAGCUUCUGGCCCACGGCAGCAGGGACGUGGCAGAGGAUGCCCAAGGAGACAAGUGGGACUGAGCUGAUAAUGCAGGAGCUGGUGUCAGGGAGGGAUGCUGUGAACCAAAGGAAAACUGAUGAUGAGACUACUGAGAAGCUCACCAAAGCAGGAGAUAAUGAACAAGAAAGCAAAGAACGAGCCCAGCCCCACAAACCUAUUUUAACCAAUUUUGUAGUUGAGAUUUAACUCACACUCAGGUAAAAAAAAUAAUCUUUUGCCUUUGUUACACCAUUAAUGUAAGGCAAAAACUUGGAUUUCAAGUAACAACAAGAAAUUUCCCCCCUAGGAAAGCUAAAUCCAGAUCUUAGAGAUUUUCCAUUGCCAGUGGCAAUGCUGCAGCCAGGUGUGCAUGCAGAAGGAAGUAAGCCUGUGUUCAAUAACUUUUUGUAAGUAGUGUCAAGACUGGUUUUACCUCUUUGACCAGAAAUCAGGGUGACCAAAAGACAGAACCUGUCCAUGCUCAAUGACCUCAAAGGGGAACAAGGAACAAACAGUCUGAUCUACACUCUGAACACUAAGAUGCUGCACAGGCAUAACCAAGUUGAUUUUUAAAGAAAACCAUACAUUAGUCACAAUUCUGAUUCAACCACUAAUCCAGCAUCUAGUCCCUCUCAAAAGGCCCUUUUGGAUUUUCCAUCAAGAACUUCUAAAACCAGCUUAAUUACUUUUGAAACAGACUGAUUUGAACCAUAUUUAUUGUGUUUUGACACUGUCUAUGAAUAGAUGAAUUACGUAGUAUUUGCUAGAAUAUGAGAACUUGUUCAAUUUGUUUUCUUCAAUAAACUUGCAAUGUCAGUUUUUAAAUGA